CCACUGCACAAACUGCCGCAAAAUUCAACCUACGAAAGCACAAAUAGAAACGCACUUCUUUCUGUUUCUCAGUUUCUCUCUUUACCAAAGAGAGUCUUUUUCCCAUAGAACGGCACAAAGUUUCCAUUUUUGCGGAUAAUCUUUUGUUUUGUGUAUAAAUAUCUAGAAUUGUAUCUAUCUUCACCAUCUUUACACACAGAAGACCACGACGAGGACGGUGAUUCUGAGGAAGGGAGUGCAGGUUAAAUGGAGUCGCCCACGCGGGGUUCUGAGCUCAUCACCCUGAAUUCGAAGAAAAGGGUUUUUCCCGGUGGAAGCUCGUCGUCGGGGAUUAAAGAGGUGGAUGGUUUGGGAACGGCGCCGUCCGGUAAAAGAAUUGCUGCUUCCUCUGAGCGUGAAGAGGUUGCUGAUUUUUCUGAAAUAAUAGACAUCGAUGUAGAAGAAGACUGUCAAGAUAAUAAUGGUCAAGCUGACGUAAAAGGCAAAGGAAAGGAAAUCGCAUCCAAUAUUUCAGCAGACUUCAGUAACACAAAAAUCAAGAUCGAGAUCACCGAUUCAGAUGAAUCCGACUCUAAUAUGUUUUUUGGAGAGGAUGAUUGGAUAGACUCGUACUAUGACGACAUAACAUUUGAUGACCAUUCGGACGAGGCUUUGCAAUCACAGUUCGAUCACAUGGACUUACCGCCAGGUGUCGAAGUCUCCUUUCCCUGGCUGCAAUCCAGCUCUCCUCAAAACAGUACAAUUAAUACUUCAAAUAAUUCGAGUCUGAAAAUUGACUCGAACGUGCCAAGUCUUAUUCUUGAUCUGAGCACGACUAGCUCGAAUCCGAAAAAGGUUAGCAAGGUGGGCAGCAAAUGUAAAACAGGUAACCCACCCGAGAAUGAUGAUCUGCGUCACUUAGGAAAGAAGAAAAAAACGAGGGCAUCGUCGUCAAAAUCGAGUUCUACCUUGCUCGGUCUUUCUUCGAGUACGAGUACUAAAGGGAUUGUUACUAAGGGAUUUUUUAAGUUCGGAAGUUCUCGUGCGCCCAGGUUAAAGGAUUUUGUGAAUGAUCAGAUUGUAGAGACACCUGCUGAUGUCUGUAAGGAUUUGGAUGAGAUUAAGAGGAACUUUGAAGCGUUUAAGAAAUUUGAUACCGUAGAGGAUUAUUCGGAUCACCACUUUGCCAAUAUUUCGAAUCAGGUGAAUCCACCGAAGAACUGGGCCAAGAAAAUACAGCAAGAGUGGAAGAUUCUAGAGAAAGAUUUGCCUGAUACAAUAUUUGUGAGGGUCUACGAGUCGAGAAUGGAUCUAUUGAGAGCCGUGAUUGUGGGGGCUGAGGGCACACCGUAUCACGAUGGCCUCUUUUUCUUCGAUGUUUGCUUCCCCCGCAAUUAUCCCAAUAGCCCGCCCAAAGUCCAUUACCAUUCGGGUGGCCUUCGGCUAAAUCCCAACUUAUACUGUUGCGGUAAAGUGUGCCUGAGCCUCCUCAACACUUGGGGUGGAGGCAAAGAAGAAAAGUGGCUGCCAGCUGUCUCGACCAUGCUGCAAGUCUUGGUAUCAAUCCAGGGGCUUAUCCUGAAUGCCAAACCUUACUUCAACGAGCCUGGAUAUGCAAAAAUGAGUGGCACCAAGUCUGGAGAUGCAAGGGCUUUGGAAUAUAAUGAGACCACAUUCAUUUUUUCCCUGCGAACUAUGGUGUACACUAUGAACCGGCCUCCAAAGCACUUUGAAGCUUUGGUGUCGGGCCACUUUGUUAACCGCGCGCGUGACAUUAUGGUCUUGUGCAAGGCCUACUUGGGUGGGGCCCACGUGGGGUCCCUUGUCCCAGGUGGUGGUGGUGUCGAGGAAGUGAAUGAGGGCGAAAAGAGCUGCUGCUCCCGGACUUUCAAGACCAACUUAACCGGGUUCAUCAUUACUCUCAUUAAUGCAUUCACGAGAACCGGUGCUAAGGACUGUCACGAGUUUCUGCCCUUGGCCAAUAAUGGGCUUGGGCCAGCCGAGGCAAAGACGGUUGGCGGGCCAAGCGGGCCUCGGGAGGCCAAAAAAAGGGCCGGGCCCGUGGGGUCUCGAUCCUUGAAGGCUAAGCAAAAGAUAGGUCUUAAUGGUGAUUCUUGACUUUAGGUUUUGUGAAGUGGGAUUUUGACUAAUGACUGGUUAAGGGUUUUAUAGUUGUUUUUUCUGGGUGAUGUUUUUAACUUAAGUGUUAAGAUAGAUGCCCUUUGUUUUGUUUUCAACUAAAGAAUUUUAAAUGUGUAUGGGAUGUUGGGAUGAUUAGACCUUUGUUUAAUUCUCUGUUUUCCUAUGUACCUAUUAAUAAUUACAAAUUAUGAAAAAUGCUUAGCCUAAGCUCUAUGACAUGAGACAAGUUUGACUCUUUG